AUGAAGGCGGAAAUAGGUCUGGAGGAAAUGGAAAAGGCCUACGAACGGCUCGAAGGCAAAAUCCACAGAACACCGAUUAUGGAAAGCUCUCUGAUCGAUCAAGUCAUUGGUGGGUUUUCUCACAAACUAGGAAUAAAAAAGGGGCAAAAGAAAGCAAAACUCAAGUUUUCGUCGUAGCAAUUUUAUCUCACUUAAGAGUGUUGAAGUCACUAAUGUGGUCACUAAAAAUUCUGAAAACUCAUUUUUUUUUUUUGGAGCUGUAACUUAUUAACUUAUUCGUAAAUCAACAAGUGUUUCACAUGUAUUGUGUAAGUUAUCCUCAAAAAAUAUUCAAACGUAAGAGUGGCUUCCAAAUCUCUAAUUCCGGCAAAAUAGCGUAAGAUUUUUGGCGAGAAGCGCGUUGUGAUUAAAAUUCUUCUUCAACGGAUCACUAGUGUAGCGUGAGUGAUCCCACGAAUAAUAAGUUUGUCUUUAACUUUGUUUAUUCAAUUUUUUUUUACCAAUUUCGACAAAGUUUUUUUUUACCUUUCAGGGCUCCCUGUCAAGUUCAAAUGCGAGCACCUACAAAAAACGGGCUCUUUCAAGUCCCGCGGAGCCCUCAAUUCGACUCUGAGAGCCAAGGAAGCUGGAGCGAAAGGAGUGGUCACUUUUUGAAUUUAUACAUGGUUUUGAUAUUUUUGCAAAGUAAUGAGCACAUAAAGACUUCAAAAUUGAAAAUUUCUGAAUUUUUUUUUGUCAACAAGUGAUUAAACAGCGUUAGUCUUAUGAAAUUUUUGAAUGAGUUAUAGAUUCAGCGAAAAAAAUAGCAAAGCGGUUCUAAAUUUCGGAAAUAACGAAAAAAAAAACGAAAGUUUUGCGUUUUUCGAAAAUAGCUUUUUAAGAUUAUCAUUUUGGGUCUUAAACGUGACAAAACUUCAUUUGUGCCACGAAUUUCUCGACAAACAUUUCCUUUUUGGAAUUAUUUUGAAUUUCUGUACAGGGAACUGCUUUAAAAACUCUGAAAAAGACAAAAAUAAGUUUUUAGUUAUUCGAAAAAGACUUUUCGGACCAACCCAACUUAUGGUCUGAAAAAUGACCUGAUUCCAUUUUUUGUUCGGGUUCCGAAGUAAAAUUUAUAUUUUUUAUGGGUAUUUAUUUUAUGGAAAUUCUGAACUAGAGAAUAGCUCAGAAAGUGUGAAAAAAAAGACAAAAAAAGGGUUUGGAAAUGUUUUUCGAAAAGAAGACGAGACCAGUUCUAGUUCUAGACCAGUCCAGUACUGGUACGAAACAUUUAUUUGCAAUGUUUGUUGAUUUUUAUACUUCUGUAAAAACUCAUAUUCUUAUAUUUGCAGGAAUUUUAUGAUCAAGAUAAAAUUCUGAAAACUCAGGACGAGCUGUUUUUGAAUAAAACAGAAUUUUCCUUCCAACCAAGCGGUUUUCUGAUAGAUUUCAUGGACUUUUUUCCGUCUCUCAUGCAUACAGCCUCUCCUGCCAUCAUGGACAAACCAUUCCGCGAAUCAGAACUGUUUCAGAUCACGCAUUCUUCUGGAAACCAUGGACAGGCGUUGGCUUGGGCGGCCAAGUCGUGCGGGCUUCCCUGCACUGUCGUAGUGCCGGAGAACGCUCCGCCGUCGAAAAGAGAAGCGAUCGCCGCCUACGACGCCGACGUCCGUCUUUGUCAGCCCACCGUCAAGGCGCGGUAACCACUUGACAUCUAAUAAUCUAUAAGUUGUCAAGAAAACUGGACAGAACUCAAUUAUAGUUUGUUCUGAUUUUGAAUGGGGAGCAGAUGGCUAGAUUAUCCUUAGCUUCGAUUUUUUUAUCUCUCGUGACGAUUAUUCUUUAAUAACGCUUUAUUUUUCGAUAUUUUUUGAAAACUCCUAGUUCACAAAGUUUGGCGCUAUCGAAGAGCGAUAGAGAAUCGACUCGAAAAAGAUACUUUGCCGGCGGAUAAUAUGUUGGAAAAAAGAAAAUGUUUCCUUCCGAGGAAAUCUGAUUAGUCCGUGAGGAGGUGUUGACCUACGGAAAUGGCAAAAAGUGAGGAUUAAUCAGUUUUAUUAAGACUAUAUGCUCAAACCUUCUGGUAAACACAAAGAGUUUUAUUUUUGCUCCAUUAAAAUGCAAACUUUGAACAUAUUUUAAUGCUUUAUUUUUUCAGAGAAGAAGAUUGUCAACGUCUCUCCAAGGAACUCGGCUACACCGUCGUUGAACCUUUCAACGAACCGGAUAUGAUCAAUGGCCACGUGAGUUCGAUCAUAUAGCUGAUUCACGGCUGACUCGAGCCAUCGAAACAGGGUCCUGACACGAUAAUGCCGAGACAGUGACUUGUCGUCCGGAGCUAGUCGUGAACCACCUAUAAUUGCUUGCUGAUGAAAAACGUUCAGGCCAGCAUCGUCAAGGAGAUUUUCGAGCAGGAACCCGAAACGGAUUCAAUUUUCGUUUCUUUGGGCGGCGGCGGUUUCGCCAGCGCUAUCGCUUACUACACGGCCAAAACUCAUCCGGAUGUUAAAGGUGCGAAGAAAAAAUAAUGAGAAAUGUGUAUAUCUUCGGUUUGGCCUUGCCGGGAUUAUAUAGGUUUGCUUCCAUUUAGUUCGAAUAUCGGAUUAUAUUUAUUUGAUCGCAUAUUAAAUAUAGAAUCAAAUAGUAUCGAGGGAGUGUUUUUUUUUUUUUUUCUUUGAAUUUUGAAUUUUGACCCAAUUGAAUAUCGUCCCUGCCUUUUAUGAAAGAAAGUGAUUUUCAUAAUUUUUCUGGCCUUUUUUGCCAAGAUCACUUCACAUAUGUUUCUCUCUGCAGUUUUCGUCGUCGAGCCGCAAGGCAAGUUCCUGAAACAGUAUUUGGAUGAAGGCACCCUUCCGGAGAACGACGUGGUUAAUACGAGUUGGUGGUUUUUUUUUUCUUUCUGAAAUAACUUUCAGUAACUAUUUUAUAGCCCAUUCCGCGCCUCCUUGACAAGAUUUUUAUUUUUCUCCGAUUUACAAAACCCUUCGCUUCGAAGGGAAGCUUCUCGGAAGGGUUCUGUAGCUCGAAUGGAGAUGAAAAUCGUGACAAGCUAGGCCGGAAUGAACUAUAAUGAAGCUUCCGAAGAUACAAAUUUGUCUUUAUCAGAAAAAUACAGAGGAAAAAGAGCUUUUUUUAAAAAAAAAUUUUUGCCAACUUUUUUAAAAAAAUAAUCACCAGAUCUUCUGAAAGUUGAGAAAUGAAAGUCUCGGGCAGAACAGUAAAAAAUAAGUUAUUCGCUUAUUUUUUUUUUUUGAAUUUCAUAGAUAACUUGGUGAUAUUACUGACAUUUCCAGUUGCUGACGGCGUACGGGUGCUCCGGAUCGGGGAUUAUUGCAAGCCAAUCAUCGAGGCUCAUUGCAAAGACAAUUUAAUCACAGUUGUUAGUUUGCAAGUUGUGAAUUUGUUUUUCGAACUGGCAUUUUAUGCAGAAUGACGACGAGAUUCGAGAAGCGAUGCGCUUGGUUUGGACCCGGUUAAAGGUGAACGAAUAGUUAUAGUCCUUUCACUACUGGCUUGGAACUGCGCGGCGACUCCUCAUGCGCCUUCAAAAAAGCUUCCUUUCAUGAUUUUUUUUUUGCAUUUAUAAAAUGAGGCUUUCAUUGAAGGCGCAUGAUGAGUUCCCACAAUCAACCUUGUGGAGAAAGUUAUAGGCCGUUUCGCACCAGCUUUUCACGAUUUUUGUUCUCCUCCGAGCUUGAAAAUAUUUCCGUUUGAAGCGAGCGGCCUGUUCGUUUGCAUGCGUCUUUCAUUGGACCUAAAAUUUCCGCUAUAUUAAAAGCGCCUACAGGAAUCGCGCGCAUCGCAGAGAAAGGUUCUCUAUAAACCGUCCGUUUGAUGUCCCAAGAGAGCCGUAAAUGGUCUUUAUAAAUUAAUAAAUCGGGGUUUUCAGCAAAGAGUGGAGCCGACGGCUUGUAUGGCCCUCGCGGCUCUCCUCCACUACAAGCCUUCGACAGUUCAUCGGCCAAUGGUGAUCCUCUGCGGCGGCAACGUCGACCUCAACUUCCUUCCUUAA